CAUACACACACACACACACACACACAGGGUGGCACACGGCGUUAUGCUGGGAUUUCUCCGCUGACUGCUGAGCUCCUCAGAUCUGUAGGCGGGCAUGUCCUUCUGCCUCCUGUCAGCCCCGUUAACCGCUUAUACGCGCCUCUAACCCGCCGUGCCCGGGACACCGUCUCCUUCCCACCGACAGCAUCUGAUGCACGACAGUGCCAGUGUGUCUAACGGCCAAGGCUUUGUGGCAUCAUGAGGAGAGCUGUGGGGUCCGUGCCGCUGCUACUGAUGCUAUUCUUCAUAGGGCACGCGAAAGAAACACGCUACAGCCCCCCAGGAAAGCCCAAACUGACCAGCUGCCGUUCCCCAGAGAAAGAGACCUUCACUUGCUGGUGGGAGCCUGGCUCUGACGGAGGGCUGCCCACCACAUACGCCCUCUACUACCGCAAAGAGAACUCUGAUGCGGUGUACGAGUGUCCUGACUACCACACAGCUGGCGAGAACUCCUGCUUCUUUAACAAGAACGACACCUCCAUCUGGGUCAACUACAACAUCACCGUGGUGGCCACGAAUGCACUGGGCAGCAACUUCUCUGACCCUGUGGACGUAGACGUGGUCUACAUUGUCCAGCCCCACACUCCAGAAAAUGUGACGGUGACUGUGAUGGAGGACAAAGACGGGCCCUUCCUGCGGGUGUCAUGGGAGCCGCCCCGUAAGGCUGACACUCGCUCCGGCUGGAUCACCCUCAUCUAUGAACUCCGGGUCAAGCUGGAGGGGGAAGAGGAGUGGGAGGAGCACCGUGCAGGCCAGCAGAAGAUGUUUAACAUCUUUAGCCUGCGUUCCGGUGGGAUGUACCUCGUUCAGGUCCGCUGUAAGCCUGACCAUGGCUUCUGGAGUGAAUGGAGCUCCACCACCUACAUUAAAGUUCCUGACUAUUUCCCUCGAGAGACGUCUGUGUGGAUCCUUAUCGCGGUGUUUUCUGCCUUCAUCUUCUUCAUCCUCACAUGGAUCCUAAACUUAAAGAGCAACAGUGUGAAGCAUUGCCUUCUGCCACCAGUUCCUGGCCCUAAAAUCAAAGGAUUUGAUAAGCAGCUACUCAAGAAUGGCAGGUCCGAGGAGGUCUUCAGUGCGCUGGUGGUGCCUGGUUUCCCACCAACCACAUCGUCUGACUGCGAGGACUUGCUGGUGGAGUACUUGGAGGUGUACACCCCUGAGGAGCAGGAGCUGAUACUGGAGGAGGGCAAGGACCUCCAGGAAGGCUGCCUCAAAUCCAAGGGCUCCCCGUCUGACAGCGACUCUGGCCGGGGAAGCUGCGACAGCCACACCCUGCUGAUGGAGAAGUGUGGCGAGGGGGAGGGCAAGGAAGAAAAGCAUCAGGAGAGGGCUCAAAAGGGAAAGAGGCAGCAGAAGCACCAGACAGGCUGGGAGGAGGGAGAUGUCAGCCACACCCGUGAGGACGUGCUCAGCCCUGACAUGUCUGAAGGGAGGGUGAAAACAUGGCCCUCUGUGUUUUCUCCACUGCCUCAGUACAGCUCCAGACCCCUGGACCAUCAGGGCUCACUUGAGACAGCCAGGCAGCUCUGCCUCUCUGACAGCUUGUUCCCCCCACCCUCCACAUCCUCCCACCUCAGCUACAACGCCAAGGAGGGCCUGGCACUUGGGUCAGGCCAACAGGAAUUCUAUUUGGGCAAGAAGCAGACUCACCCGUCCAAUCCUCAGAGCCAGCCUCGCUGGCACCUCCAGGCCCACAGCGACUUCAACAUCUCCAGCAUGGACCGCAAGCAGGCGGCCAGUGGCCUGCAGCUGCCUGGUUUCCGGUCCACGGAGUAUGUUGAGGUGCAGAGGGUCAACCAGGAGGACAUGGUGAUCCUCCAGCCCCUUUUCUCAAGCAGUUGCCAGAGGGACGGCCACCUCCAAAUAGGCCAGGGGGAGGACUACAGCAAAGUGAAAGGGGUGGACAGUGGCAACAUGCUGCUGCUCCAGAGAGAAGUGGAAGUGAAGAGGGAGGAGGAGGACGGGGACAGGUACUCUUGUGACAUCCAGGACAGAGUGACAGAGAGCUGCUACACAACGUCCACCGCUGCCAGCAGCCAGGUGACAGGGAAGCCAACAUCCUGCGCCGGCACUGCCAUGCCCGUCCAGGAGGAGAUGGUCCUGGCAGCGAACGGUUAUGUGGACGCAGCCACCAUGCUGCUCUAGGUGCUUCUAAAGCCCAGCUAGCAGGCAGCAGGAAAUGUGUCAGGUCAGGGUAGAGACUAAAACACACUCCAACAAAGGGUGACACCUUAAAAAUAUUGACACUUGAAAUGACAAGAUUCUGCGGUUACUUUGACUGUUUAUCAUUUUUUCAUAUAAAGAUUUCAUCAUCUUUCAACAUUACACUCCACUGACCUAAAUAAUUUGACUGACCUAUUUAAAUCAUCAUUUAUUACUAGAAUUAUGAAAAUUAUUGUGUAAAAUAUGUGGUAAUACAUGGUAUUACUACUACUGAUUAUGUCUCUGUUACAUUUUGUCUCUCUCUCAGAGGUGCAUGCUUCAUUUAAUGAACUUGCAGUCUCUGAACUCAUCAGCUAUCCUCUGACAAUAAUUUAUCCUCCGGCAGCAAUAGUCACGUUUUUGGUUUUCCACUGUUGCCAGAAACAAGCUGGGAACCAUUUCCAUUUCUUUUAGUACACAGGUCGAAUGUUUCUCCACACUUUACACAGACAUUGAUACUUUCUGUAGAUUUUACGUCCAGAUGACAUUUUCUGCCAAUGCGUUCCGUCUCUUUUGCUCCCCACAUGUUUACCUCCAUAAAACCACUUGGACUACAAAAAGGGCAACUACUUGGACUACAACGGAAACAGAAAUGGAUACCAAAAACUUGUCCCUCGCCAAUAUGUGUGUGUGUGUAGAGAGAGUGAGAGAGAGAGAGAGAGAAUCUGAUUAUAGACAUUAAUGAACUUGAAAGCAAAAUAUCACCUCUGUACACUGAUGUAAUAUGGGUGUAUAAAUAAUUUGUGUAGAAUCCAAAAAUGCGGCUGAAACACAAUGUAAUAUUUUGAAUUUUUGUAAUUACAUAUGUUUUAGUCCCAGUAGGGCACUAUGUUGAAGCUGCUUGCUGGACCAUAGAGAUAAAUGUGACAUUUUUGUAAUAAAAAUGAAAACUAAGAAAGAUAAAUUGUUCCCAGGAUAGUGGGACGGUAUUUUUCAUACAGACUUUUUUGAUGUAUAUAUGCAUUCAUUUGUGAAUCAACCUGUAAAUCUCAGUCUAUGCUGGUAAAUAAAAAAUUGUUAUACUUAAAACA